GCCGUAGAAGAAGACUCGUCCACUGCGCACGCGCAAACAAGAUAAAGCAUGAACCUGUACUCAAAAGUGUUGUUUACAUCUUUCUCGCUAGUUUAAAUUUUACCGAACAGUCUCUUGAAAUGCCACCAAAGGGCAAAGGUGGUAAGGGUGCCAAAGGAGGUGCAUCGGGAAGUGCAGAAGCUGAGAAGAAGGAGAAGACACCAAAAGGAGGCACUGCUGUCAAGGUUCGCCACAUCCUCUGCGAAAAACAUGGAAAAUGCAUGGAGGCCAUGGAGAAAUUGAAAGCGGGAGUUCGUUUCAGCGAAGUCGCAUCACAAUACAGUGAAGACAAAGCGAGACAAGGAGGUGAUCUAGGUUGGAUGACGCGAGGAUCCAUGGUUGGACCUUUCCAAGAGGCUGCCUUCAACUUGGCUGUCUCUUCCAUGGAUAAGCCUGUUUACACAGACCCCCCUGUCAAGACCAAAUUUGGUUAUCACAUCAUAAUGGUGGAAGGAAAAAAGUAAUGAGGCACAACAAUAAAUUGGGACAUUCAGUUUUACACUGUGCUCUAUUGUGAAUGUUAUUACUCCAGACUCCUUGAGGCAGUGGGAAUGAAAUUAAAUAACUAGUUUAUUUCUGUUA